AUGUCUGCGAUACAACUCCUCAAUCCUAAGGCUGAAAGCCGUCGGCGCGGUGAAGCCCUUCGCGUCAAUAUUAAUGCGGGCGAAGGGUUACAAGAUGUUCUCAAAUCUAAUCUUGGCCCCUCCGGCACAAUUAAGAUGCUCGUGGACGGCUCGGGGCAGAUCAAACUUACAAAAGAUGGAGCGGUAUUAUUGAAAGAGAUGUCUAUCCAAAAUCCUACAGCCACACUAAUUGCCAGAGCCGCCACCGCUCAAGAUGACAUUACUGGAGACGGAACGACCUCAGUGGUGCUCAUGAUUGGAGAACUUCUCAAGCAGGCGGACCGAUACAUUCAGGAAGGGCUGCAUCCACGAGUGAUCACUGACGGGUUCGAAGUCGCAAAGACUGAAACCUUGAAGUUUCUCGACGAAUUCAAGAUCACCAGGAAGGUGAACAGAGAAUUGUUACUAUCCAUCGCACGAACAUCAUUAUCAACCAAGAUCAACACCGCCCUUGCGGAACAACUCACCCCAUCAAUAGUUGAUGCUGUCAUGACCAUCCACCGACCACCUAACAAGCCCGACCUCCACAUGAUUGAAAUAAUGAAACUCCAACACAAACUCGCUUCUGACACAACACUCAUCCGUGGAUUGGUCCUUGACCACGGCGCUCGACAUCCUGACAUGCCGAAACGUGUGGAGAAUGCCUUCAUCCUGACCCUGAACGUGUCGCUGGAGUACGAAAAAUCCGAAAUAAAUUCUGGGUUUUACUACAGCAGUGCCGCGCAGAGAGACAAACUGGUCGCCUCCGAACGACGGUUCGUCGACGAGAAACUCAAGAAGAUCGUCACUCUCAAAAAUGAGGUCUGUGGCUCCGAUCCGAAGAAGUCUUUCGUGGUCAUCAACCAGAAAGGCAUCGAUCCGCUUUCUCUCGACGUCCUGGUCAAAAAUGGCAUUCUGGCUCUCCGACGUGCGAAGCGCCGCAACAUGGAGCGCCUCCAACUUGUCUGCGGCGGACAGGCGCAGAACAGCGUCGACGACCUCGAUCCUUCUGUCCUAGGCUGGGCUGGUCUUGUGUACGAACAAACCCUCGGUGAAGAGAAAUACACAUUUGUCGAGGAAGUCAAGAAUCCAAAAUCUGUAACACUCCUCAUCAAAGGUCCCAACCAACACACCAUCACACAAAUCGCCGACGCAGUCCGAGACGGCCUACGCAGCGUAUACAACACCAUUGUCGACGGCUGCGUGGUUCCCGGAGCAGGAUCUUUCCAAAUCGCCGCCGCCGCCCACCUAUCAUCAGAGGCCGUGCGAAGAUCCGUCAAGGGCAAAGCGAAAUGGGGUGUCGCCGCCUUCGCAGACGCACUACUCAUCAUUCCUAAGACCCUAGCCGCAAACAGCGGACACGACAUCCAAGAUGCCCUCGCCGCGCUUCAGGAUGAAUACGCCGAAAGUAACAUCGUCGGUCUGGAUCUCGUAACAGGUGAACCGAUGGAUCCUGUCCAGGAAGGCGUGUUCGACAGUUUCCGUGUGCUGAGGAACAGUAUUGCCAGCAGUCAGGGGAUCGCGAGUAAUUUAUUGCUAUGCGAUGAGCUGUUGAAAGCUCGCCAGAUGGGCCGACAAGCCGCGCCGGGGGAGAUGGAUCAGGAAUAA